CACACACACACACACACACACACACCUCCUCUUCGUCUUCUACCUCUCACCCCUCCCUCCCUCUACCUCCAUCUCCCCUUCAAGUCAAAAACCCCCAAUCUGCGAUAAAGUAAGUGAUAGCUGUAAGCCUGUUGGACUGUAAGCUAUAAAACACAACAAAUCAUAACGUGCAGGCCAAGGGGAAAGACAGGGAAGGGAGAGGGAAAGGAGAUACACUUAGCUUUAGCAUUUAGCUAUCUUUGUGUGUAUUACCCCCCUCAAAUAUCCUCCUAUCUAUCUUCCUCUCCAAUUCUCCUCCUUUUCCCAAUGAGUUCGUAUUUCGUGAACUCGACGUUCCCGGUGACGCUACCGGGCAGCGGACAGGCAGCUGCCGAGUCGUUCCUGGGGCAGAUUCCGCUUUAUUCGUCGGCAUACACGACCGAUUCGUUGAGGCACUACCCAGGCGCUGCCGCCGUGACCGCCGCAGCAGUAGCGUACGGAGCCACCGGCGUGCAUCAAGAGAAACAGUACUCGGCGUCGAAUUACUACCAACAGGCGGCGAACGGAGCCUACGCCGUGCACCGGGCACCUGGACUAGGGGUGGGCAACGGAGCGGGCGCGUGUGACUACUCAGCGGCAGCAGCGAGCUUUUACCGGGAGAAAGACCCAACGGCAUGCGGUCUAGAGGAGCAUUCACUCUCGCUCAGCCAAGACAUUGUUCAUCGCAAAACAGAAUGCCCCGGGCUAAGUGGGAAAGGGCUGUUUGGUGAGAUGGUCGACGACAAGCAAUCGACCACUCCCGUGUAUCCCUGGAUGCAGAGGAUGAACGCGUGCAACGGAACCUUUGGUAACCCCGGUCGGCGGGGGCGACAGACGUACACCCGUUACCAGACACUUGAGCUCGAAAAAGAGUUCCAUUUCAACCGGUACCUCACGCGACGACGGAGGAUAGAGAUAGCCCACGCACUCUGUCUCACCGAGAGACAGAUCAAAAUCUGGUUCCAGAAUCGAAGGAUGAAGUGGAAGAAAGAGAACAAACUCAUCAACUCCUCGUCGUCGGCGAAUGGCGACGAAGAGGAGAAAACGAAUGAGUGAAAGAAACUUCCAAAAAAAGUGGAGUUAUCAAAUAGAAACACUUGAAAAGCCAUGGCAGAAAAUCUAAUCGACCUAACGAAAAUGAGAAGUUUGAAGAAGAUAGCUUGUUAUCACUACAAAAAGAUUAACAUUCUAUGAGAUGUGUUGUCAUCUAAAACUGAUACAAUUGAAAGUCCUGUCCUGCAAAUAUUGAGGCUACGGCCUCUCUAAUCCUAUUGAGUGAUGAAGUGUAACGAAACAUUCAGCAAAUUAUGUUCUGUGUACAAAUCUUGGCAGUUAACGCUCUCAAGAUUCAAAGCCUAUUUUUUAAAGACUGACCAAGGACCCCUUUAUUAUGCGGAUGUAACUCAAAUUCCUCUAAUUAAAUCUACCAUUCCAAAAAAAAAAAUCUGACAAACGUUAGACGUUUGUUGUAAGUGUAAGGCGGCGCGAUGAGGUUGUUGUGCGCUUUUCUUCUCAUUUUAAAAACGUUGAGCGUAACUUAAACACACUUAUGGAGAAAAAAUAUUGACAAUGUAUGUAAGUCAUAUUCGUGUUCGUAUUUAAGCUGUACAGAAGUAAAUCCACGCUCAGUUCUACUUGUAUGGGGAAUUAAUGUACCUUAAGUUAAUUUCCCCCGAAACCAGGUUGUUUUUAUUGUAAAGUAGUAGCCAACGAUUGGGAGUGUUAAUAUUGUUCUUAAACUACCUAGCCAUGCCAUCCCUGAAGAGUUAGCAUAUAUCUUCUGGGGUUCUAUGGGUUAUUUGUUUAUGUUAGUGUUUUUGUCCACCCUAACCCCCUACCCCUCUUCCCAGAAAUGCUUAAUAAAAUGUAAAGAAACAUAUUCCAGUGUAAAACAGUGAGGUUAUUUUCGGUACAAGUGUUAUCAUGGCCCAUUGAAAUUGCCAUUCCCUUUGGUAAAAGUGUAAAUAAAUAACAUGAAUUGCAAAAUAACUUUUCUUCAUGUAAAUGCAUAGUCAACGAUCCCAUUGUACACAUACACAAACACACACACAAACACACAGACACACACACAGACACACACACACACACACACACACACACACACACACACACACACACACACACACACACACACACACACACACACACACACACACACAUAGACACACACACACUGAUACAGAUGUUGAUGGGUGUUAUGACCAACUGCUUACUAGAAACUUGAAUUGUUAAUAUUUUCAAGUUGUGCAUAAUGUGCACAAGUCUAGGCCCAGACUCUUUUCCAGUCCACCUGAAUGUGCCUGCAUUGACCCUGAGAGGAAAUCUCGACCACAAGGGCACUUUUCAGCAGAAUCCUGCAAUUACUGAGGACCCCAUGAGAGAAAGACCUGUCCGCCAACCAUCACACACACACACACACACACACACACACACACACACACACACACACACACACACACACACACACACACACACACACACACACACACGCACACACACAUGCACCCACAUACCCAGACUCACACUUGAGUCAAACAAAGUGAGCCACCUCUGCCUCUCUGUCUUUCUGCACUAAUCACUUUCUCUAGCUGUCCAAGAAGGGGUACGUGGCUUGAGUUACACAUAGUAAACACACAAACAUGUAUGCACAAACACAGCAUCACUGACAAAUACAAACAUACACACGCAUAUACUCAUACAGACAUAUAGACACUCACACACACACACACACACACACACACACACACACACACACACACACACACACACACACACACACACACACACACACACACACACACACACAGACACACACACACACACACACACACACACACACACACACACACACACACACACACACA